CAUAAUAAUAACCAGACGAAUAAUUAUAUGCUUCGCAAAGAUUUGCAUGGUUGUUCUCAUUUUAUUAUGAAACGUCAGCGGGUGCGAAGGGAACACAGCUCGUAUGGCUCUGUCAGACGGGCAGUGAAUGGUUAAUGUUACUGUACAGAUACAUGACUGUGAGAGGUGUCUAUAGGCUGCUCGUGUCCACUCGCUCCAUUACUCGCUGCAUGUUACUACUUUCCCCAUUCCCACAGUAGGCACCAAAGAACAGCUCUGCACCUGCUCUGCAGACAUCUCCUCCAGCAUGGAUGCGUUAAAAUCCGCCGGGAGAGCAAUAAUCAAAAGUCCUGGAGUUCCGCGGCACACAUGGGGAGCGUCCAAGCACGAAAAGCUCCAAGAGAACUGGACGGACACCAAGGAAACACUCCUGGAAGGAAUGGUGUUCAACGUGAAGUAUCUGGGCAUGACUCUGGUCGGACAACCUAAAGGAGAAGACAUGGCAGCGGCUGCCAUUAGGAGAAUUGUAACCACGGCUCGGGCCAGUGCAAAGAAGUUUCGGAAAGUGACCCUCACUGUCUCCCCCAAGGGAAUCAUCAUGUCAGACACAGAGACCAAUGACCUCAUUGAGGACGUUUCCAUUUACAGAAUAUCUUACUGCACAACAGACAAAAUUCAGGAUAAGGUCUUUGCCUACAUCUCCCAAAGCCAGUUCAAUGAAACUCUGGAGUGCCAUGCCUUCCUCUGCCAAAAAAAGAAAAUAGCUCAGGCUGUGACUCUGACAGUUGCGCAAGCUUUUAAAGUAGCUCUAGAUAUGUGGGAAAUCGCACAGGAAGACAAAAGCAAGAAAGUUCGCACAUGCUACUCCAGUUCAGACCCUGAAUCUCAGCCUGAAUCUGAACCAAACCGUGUUUCAGAGGAAGAGAAGACCCGGGCUCUUAUGGAGCACAAACUGAGGAAGCCCUUUUUCCUUUCCUUCCUUUCACCAUCUCCACGCAGCAACACCAGGAGACGGCCAAUCAAACAUGACUCUUGGGAUGCGGAAGAUAGCCUCGAUGAUGCGUUUUCAAGGUGUGUCUCUCUCUCACCUGCCAUGCAGCAAUAUGGAGGUGGAGGAGACGGACGCAGAUUGGCAACAUCCCGCAGCAGAACCGUGUCUGAGGAUGCAGCUGUGAGUCCGGUAGAAGAUCAUCUCCUGUCCUUCAGCAGUGAGGACUCAGACUGAACACACACACACACACACACACAAAUCACUCUCACCAGCCUAUCAGAAAGUGAAACUUAUGCCUCAGCGAUGGACUCACUCACACCACUGCCACUUAAAACAGCAAACAAUACCACAAAAAAAGCAUCACAGACGUGCAUGAUUCAGCUAUAUAACUUUUGAAUGCCAAUGUACUUGCAUUAUAACACUGUAAGUUCAGGGUAAGAACUUGACAAUACAACAUGUAUGAAACCGCAUGUUGUUACAGUAUAUUGUACUCAAGCAUUUGUGUAAGUAGAUUUGCUACCUGUAUAAUGUAAAUCUUUUCAAUGAAUUGGUGCUAUAUUGUAGAUACUUUGGUUGUUAUUUAAAUAUACAAUAGCUACAAACACUGUACUUGAAAGGGUGACCAAAUGUACAUUCCACAAAACUGAUGUUUUUCCUUCAGCCCAGCAUUCUUCAAGACUCCCACAGCAUUCAUCGGAAAGUCAGAUUGCAUGGUUCAUUUCAGUCGAGUGCUUUGUACUCUCAGUAAAGUGUUACAGGAUGUACAGUACUAGAUCCGCAUGCGUUAGCGAACUUUAGACGCGCAGUUACACACUCUAAACGUUUACAAAUAAGUAUGUACUGUAGAGCUGUUCAGGACUAACAUGUGGGUUAGGGGACGUUUGCUUAAACAAUCAUUAAGAAAUUAUUUUCUGUCCCAGAAAGCAACAGUGUCGGCACAGAUCCGACCCACAUCUGGGCCGUGUGCACCAGAUGUGGGCCGGAUCUGGGCCAACACUAUGUUGCUGUCUGGGGUGGAUCAAGUAAUUUUUAAAUAUUUUAAUGAGGCCUCAAAACACAUCAGAUUUCUUUCUUUUUUAGGAUCCAAACUAUCACAGUAUAAAAGCCUCUCACUAUGGGCUUCCAAGUGUUACACUUAUUAUUAUUAUUAUUAUUAUUAUUAUUAUACAUUCACAUAAGCUUGUCAUCAGUUAAAAUUAUUUUUAACUUUGUUUUAAAUAUAUGCAACUUCUUAAUUUGAGGACUGGACUGUUUUUUUUUUUUUAUGAACCCUCUUUUUUUAUUUUUUUUUAUUUUUUAUAAUUCAGCUAGACAAUGUCACGUCACACAAAUUAUGUCAAAAUCAUCACUGAUUUGCUUUAACUUUGGGCAGACAAUCAUCACACAUUCAUUUAGCAAAAAUAAAUGCAAUAUUCUGUCAAAUAGAAACUGGUAAGUUUCUAUUUGAAACUUAAAUUCAGAUUUAAGUUUGAACUUUGUAAGUGCUGAAGUAAAGAAUAUUACACUUUGGCUCUCAGAAAUCUUUUCCCCAUGAGUUCCAUCAGUCUCUAGCAUCUAGCGUUACAUGUAAUAUACUGCCAUUCUGCCCUUUUUAAGUGAUAUUAAACACAGAAAUCUCUUCUUCAUCAUUUAACAUUCCGUCUUAGAGCCUCAGUUGCUCUGCCAGCUUUUUUCUCCUUUGUGCAUUUUUGAACAUGCAGUAUUUCUUCUCGACAAUACAACAUUUUUGUUUGUUACAUUUUCUAUCCUCCUAAAAGUGGGAUAAGUUUCAUUUAAUUUGAUAGAUAUACUGUAAUAUCAGUAUAUACUGUAGCUAAAGUUCUUAGUUCAGUUAGUGGUGUUCUAGUUAUUUUGGUUAAUCAUAUUGAAACUAUCAGUGGUUUAAUAAUUAAUGUUUGAUUUGAUUUGACUGCUAAUUAAUUUCAAAUAAUCACUGUUUUCUGUGGAAGGAUUUGAGACACUUUCAAAGUAUUUAAUGAUUGGAACAACCAUAGUAAAACAAAAAUAUGUAUAUAAUAUCUGAAAUGGUUCCUAAAAUAUUGUGUAGAUUGUCUCUAUAAUGUGUGAUUGUCUUUAUAAUGGGUUUUAUUUGAUUAAUAUUUUGUAAAGUAAGAAAUCAAAGUUGGUGCUUUAAGAAAAUCUAUGCAAUCUAUGUUUUGCUUUGUACACAUACUAAUUUUAUUAUGUAAUCAUGAAACCAGAAUGGAGCUCAAGAGGUAAUUUGCAUAUGUACAGGAACAAUUGGUUGAUAUUUAAUUAUGUAGAAUAAAAUGUUUGCUCAAAAACA